AUGACCACUUACAUACCCCAACUCACCCUCCCCGAGUCCAUCUUCUCCUCUUUCCCAGCCUCCAUCCUCCUCCCCAUAACCCUAGGCUCAGCAGUAGGAUGGUCAACAAGGCUGCCCCGAACCUACCUCUCCCUCAACCAACCCCCCCUCCGCCCACCCCCCCAAGUCUUCGGCCCAGUCUGGACCCUCCUCUACGGCCUAAUGGGCUACGCCUCCCACCGCGCCUACAGCAUCGGCACCUCCCCCCUCAACCUCCCGGGCAUAAUCUCGGCCGCCCGCCAAGGCACCACCCUCUACACGAUCCAGCUCGGCCUCAACCUCCUCUGGAUGCCUCUCUUCUUCGGCUGGAACCGUCCCAUCCUCGCCACCGCCGAUGUGCUUGCUCUGGUGGGAGUGAAUGGGUAUCUGGCCUGGUUAUGGGGGACAAAGGUUGAUGCGACGGCGGGGUGGUUGCUGGUGCCGUAUGUGGCUUGGUUGAGCUUUGCUACUUAUUUGAGCGCGGGGACGGGGUACUUGAACAAUUGGGAUUUGAGCGGGGCGUAUGAGAAGGCGGAUGGGGAGACGAAGAAGAAGAGGUCUUAG